AGCCUUUCAUCUUGAACAUUCAAACAUUUAAUCAUUUGAUUUCGAUUUGGUGUGUGUGUUUUUUGACCGUUUUCAUUUUUUCAUCGUUUGAAUCCAGCACACCACACAAGUCGUUCGUUGUUCGUUCUUUUUCUGUUCACUUUGAUCAUCAUUUUUUGAUCAUUUCAUUUUCUUUGUUUCGAUCAUCGAAUCGACACGACAACAGUUUUUUGUUUGUUCUGUUUGGUAAAUUCAAAGUGUUUUGUGUCUGUCAUCUAUCUGUGUGUGUGGUUUUGUGAAAAUUAAGUUCGAUUCUGAUUCAAAAUGCGUGAAAUCGUCCAUAUUCAAGCCGGUCAAUGUGGUAAUCAGAUUGGUGCCAAGUUUUGGGAAGUAAUUUCUGAUGAACAUGGUAUCGAUCCAACUGGUGCAUAUCAUGGUGAUAGUCCAUUACAAUUAGAACGUAUUAAUGUUUAUUAUAAUGAAGCAUCUGGUGGUAAAUAUGUUCCACGUGCUAUCCUAUUGGAUUUGGAACCAGGUACAAUGGAUUCUGUACGAUCCGGUGUUUUUGGUACAUUAUUUCGUCCGGAUAAUUUUAUUUUUGGUCAAAGUGGUGCUGGUAAUAAUUGGGCCAAAGGUCAUUAUACUGAAGGUGCUGAAUUAGUUGAUACUGUAUUGGAUGUUGUCAGAAAAGAAGCCGAAGGCUGUGAUUGUUUACAAGGUUUUCAAUUAGCACAUUCAUUAGGUGGUGGUACUGGUUCCGGUAUGGGUACAUUACUUAUAUCAAAAAUUCGUGAAGAAUAUCCGGAUCGUAUUAUGAAUACAUUUAGUGUAAUGCCUUCGCCAAAAGUAUCCGAUACUGUUGUUGAACCAUAUAAUGCAACACUUUCAGUACAUCAAUUGGUUGAAAAUACUGAUGAAACAUAUUGUAUCGAUAAUGAAGCAUUAUAUGAUAUUUGUUUUCGUACAUUAAAAUUAACAACACCAACAUAUGGUGAUUUAAAUCAUUUGGUAUCGGUUACAAUGUCCGGUGUUACUACUUGUUUACGUUUUCCUGGACAAUUGAAUGCUGAUCUACGAAAAUUGGCCGUCAAUAUGGUACCAUUUCCUCGAUUGCAUUUUUUUAUGCCUGGUUUUGCACCACUUACAUCACGUGGUUCACAACAAUAUCGAGCACUAAGUGUACCGGAAUUAACACAACAAAUGUUUGAUGCUAAAAAUAUGAUGGCCGCUUGUGAUCCUCGACAUGGACGUUAUUUAACUGUUGCCACUAUUUUCCGUGGUCGUAUGUCAAUGAAAGAAGUUGAUGAACAAAUGUUGAAUGUUCAGAAUAAAAAUAGUUCAUAUUUUGUUGAAUGGAUUCCGAAUAAUGUUAAAACGGCUGUUUGCGAUAUACCACCACGUGGUUUGAAAAUGGCUGCAACAUUUAUUGGUAAUUCAACUGCAAUACAAGAACUUUUCCGUCGUAUUUCCGAACAAUUUACCGCCAUGUUUCGUCGUAAAGCAUUUUUGCAUUGGUAUACUGGUGAAGGUAUGGAUGAAAUGGAAUUUACUGAAGCCGAAUCAAAUAUGAAUGAUUUAGUUAAUGAAUAUCAACAAUAUCAAGAAGCAACAGCUGAAGAUGAAGAAUAUGAUAAUAAAGAUGAUGGUGGUGGCGGUGGCGGUAAACCAAUGAUUGAUCGUAAACAAAUUGAACGUGAACAACGUGAUCGUCGAAUACCAGUCGAAUUGGAAACAAGUAUUCAAUAUAUGAAUAGUGAUGCAUUCAAAGAAACAUAUAAAGAAUAUAAAAUAUGGGAAUUGUUUCGUCGUAAUUUUAAGGGACAAUUUUCACCAGCCGUUCCACGUUUAAGUUGUGUUGGUGCGGAUGGUUUUCUGAAAACAUCGAAUCCAUGUGUAGUUUGUCGUGAUCGUAAUCUGCUCGUUCACCAUAAGAAUAUUGAACUUUUAAAACAAUUCAUCAGUCCACAUACUGGUUAUGUUUAUCCAAAUUCAUUACUUUGUCUUUGUUUUGAUCAAUAUGAAAAAUUAUGUGCAGCCGUACAAUUGGCUAAAAAUUAUGGUUUGAUUGAUUUUGAAGUACCUGUACGUCAUUAUGAUUAUCGUUAUCAUUAUAAACAAACGAUUGACAAAAAAACAAAAUCAUAAACUCUAAAGUGAAAAAAUCAAACGUCGA